CCAUAUAUACAAGUCUUUCAAGAGGUUUUCCUGAUUGAUGAAGGAUAUGGGAAAGGAGUUAGCCACCAGGCUGCAGCUUGGUGUAACUUCAGUAGUAUUAUUGCUUCUUAUCUUCUUCCUUUAUGCUGCUUUUUUCUCAUCGGAUGUUACCCGGCCAUUUGAUUCAUGGAAGCAGAAGCUCAGCAGCAGAAAGGUCAACAAAGGCUUAGAAGUUGCAGAGCCUCUUCUAAGAAGAUUAGUAAGAGGAGAAAAUCGAAUUCAGCUUAAAACCACUGGAUUUUCAUGCUAUUCUGACCUUCACUCUGAAGUUUGUGUCACAAACAAACCACUGAUCAUAGUCGAUAACAAUGUAUUAACUGCUUACCUACAGUCCUCUCACGUCCAAGUUAAACACAUGGUUCGGCCAUAUCCAAGGAAAGAGGAUGAGACGGCCAUGAAAAGAGUCUCGCCGGUGCAAAUACUUUCUGGAAAUGCUACAACGCCAGACUGUGAUUUCAGCCAUGAUGUCCCAGCUGUCGUCUUCUCCUCCGGUGGCUUCACAGGAAACCUAUUUCAUGAGUUCAACGAGCUCAUCAUCCCCUUAUUCAUCACCUGCCACCACUUCCGAUCUCACCUACAAUUUGUCAUCACCGAUUUGAAGCCUUGGUGGGUCAGAAAAUACAGUCGGAUUCUCAACUACUUGUCUCGUUUCGAGGUCAUAAAUCCUGCAAAAGAUGGACGUGUUCACUGCUUUUCGGGGGGAGUUAUAGGCCUCAAGUACCACGACAAUCUCGCCUUAAAUUCUACAGAUAUACCUGGAGGAUACUCCAUGUUUGACUUCAAGCACUUCCUCAGAGAAUCAUAUAACUUGAAGAUAAAGAAUGUUUCAGACAUAACAAACGGUACAAAGCCAGUGUUAGUUCUUAUAUCUCGUCGGAAAACAAGAACGUUUCUGAAUGAAGAUGACAUGGUAGGCAUUAUGGAGGAACUGGGUUUUCGAGUUGUCGUGGCAACGCCUAAUAGGAUGUCGAAUUUGGAAAAGUUUUCUGCGGUGAUCAACUCGUGCAGUGUCAUUGUCGGAGCCCAUGGCGCCGGCCUUGCAAACGCCAUGUUCUUGCCUGCCGGGGCGGUUGUGGUGCAGGUGGUGCCAUUGGGGCUGGAUUGGGCAUCAACCAACUACUAUGGUGGACCGGCAGCCGAGAUGGGGCUGCAUUAUGUGGAAUACAAGAUUGAGGCAGAGGAGAGUUCUCUUUUCGACAUGUAUGGUCCUCAACACCCAGUCAUUGCUGAUCCCAUGUCUAUAUUCUUGCAGGGCUACAAUGCUACAAGAGCUGUGUAUGUUGACGGGCAGAACAUGAAGAUAAACUUGGUGAGGUUUAGGGAGACCCUUAUGAAGGCAAUGAAAUUUCUUGGACACUAAGCUGUUUUGACUGAAGAUAUCUUAUGUAGUUUUUUCGACAGCACCAAAAUCAAAUUUGAAAAUUACAGCUCUGGGGUCAGUUGUCAUUAUCAUGUGAAUAAGUUGAGUUAGAAAAGAAAAAUAAAAAAUUCAGUCAUGUAUUUCACCCA